AUGUCCUAUAUUCUCUACACAAUUUGUCAGUUUAAUCCUCUUAAUCCAAUUGCUGAAACUGACCCAAACUACAUCAGUAACCCCGGUCUGAAAGACAGAGUGCACUGUCUGGUGAGUGUUCUACCAGCCGACAGAAUCUCUCUCAUUCCUGAUGAAGCUAUCCAAAAAAUGAGAGAUGUUCGGAAAAAAGCUAGUGACUUGGGGAUUCCUCAAGUUGUCAUUUUGCCGAUGGUUGAUAAAGCAUGCCCUCUGGUUAACAAGACCCUGAGGAAGAUCUACGAAAGCAAAAAAGUUAAAGAAAAGAUGGAAGUUUGCAGUCAAAGACUGGGAGUCCCGAUGAACUGCAUUUUCCCUCUGCUCAACUACGCUGAGCAGAUUACCAACGACAUGCACACAGAUAUUCUGAUCCUCAUGGGAGCGACCAACAUCGUUAGUUUCGCAAAUGACUAUGUUGAAGACCAGGUUUACAAUGUAAACCAACAUUCUGAAUAAAUUCCCAGUGUGUCCAGUUUAGUCUCCAGCAGAGAAACAACAUGAAACGUGUCAGGAAAACGCAGGAUGAACAGGAAUGUACAUAGAAACAAUAUGUUUAAUCUUUUCACUUUAUUAUUAAUAUUUAUCUGUCCAUGUGAAAGAUGGUGUCAAACUGCCUCCUCUUUUUUGUUACUCUCUCUAACACUCACCUGUGUAAUGACAAUUAUUUCCUACUGGUUUCAAUACAUACAAUAAAUCAAUGUAAUAAGAGA